AUGAGCAAUGUGCCUAAUGAAGAAGUGGAUAACAGAAACAGUGAAUGCGGUAACAAUCAUAACAACAAUACCAACAAAAGUAGUAUCGUCUUUUUCUUUCUGCUGGAGGCAUUAUUCGUUGCUUCUUUCGCGGACUCGCUAUUUUUGUUUCCUUCAUUCUCUUCUCGCGCGCAUUACUCUUUCUUCUUGCUUCGCCUUGUAACUGUUCGACGAAAUGCUCCAAUCAUGUAUUUUUUUACCGCAUCCUCCCCUUUACUGUUCUCGCCGCACCUGACUCCUUCCCUCGUUCCACCGUUCUAUUUUCCCGGCUCGAUCCGACGAACGUUUCGGUUCGCUGUCGAACCUGGUUCGGUUCUCCAUUUUUCCUGGAGGGAAACCUGUCAUAAGGGUUUGUGCUGGUCCUGCACUGGAUUCUUGCGGCGGUGCAAAGACUGGGGAGGAGAGUUUUCCUCUCUCGAAGCCCAAAUUCUAGAGUUUAUGCAGAGUUCCGAUAAGCCCGAAGCUUUUCCCACAAAAGAGGAGUUGGUUGCUGCAGGGAGGGUAGAUUUGGUCAACGCUAUUGUAAACGAGGGAGGGUGGCUUGCGUUUGGAUGGGAAUUAAACGGUGGGUCCAGUGGAACUCGCAGUCAUGAAGGUAAUAGUAGCGGUGGAAUUGAGGGUAAUGCGACUCGGGCUUCUGGGGUUUCUUCUUCCGAAACAGAUUGUUCAGUAGAAAUUGAAGCUGACAAUGAAUCUGGCAUUGAGGGUAUAUUGAAUCGGUUGGAGAAACAAAGAAGUAGAUCAUUUGGAUUUGUCGUAGAUACUAUUUCUUCCAUAAAUAGUGAAGAAAAGAAUGAAUGGGAUCAUAGAACGGCUACGGAUGCAAUGACUGGUGGCCUUGAAAAUGGUAGAAGAGCAUCGAGCCCCUCAAGCAAUCAUCCCAGUGGUUCUCAGAGUUCUCAAUUAGGUACUGAAAAUUCAAUAAAAAAUUCAAUAAACUCACUUAAGCCAGAGAUGUGGAGGAGUUGGAUUGUUCAGAGAAAUGGUUUUCCGGAUGCAGAUUUCGAAGAUGCUGAUAUUGUUCCAACUGAAACUCAGAAAGGAGGCAUGAUUCAUACUUCAGGACAACCUGAAAUCCCUGACAGAAGGGAGUUUUCGUCUGAACUUAUAAAUGAAACAGGAUUAUAUUCUCUUGAUGGAAAUGCAAUUCACAAUGACAUUAAAUCUCGUAUCCAGCAACUGGAAUCUGAGCUAUCUUCUAUACUUCACUUGUUGAGGUCCAAUUCAGAUAAAUUUACAAUGCAGAUGGUCCAGAAGAGCUCUUGUGAAGAACUGGCAAAGCUUUCCGAUGCUUGGGAAUUUCAGGAAAAUGAGAUCAUGAAUGCUCAGGACAGAUUGCGUUCUAUACAGGCUAAGUUGGCAGUCCUCGAAGGAAAGAUGUCAUUGGCAAUAAUGGAUGCACAUAAGGUAGUCGAAGAGAAGCAACUGAAGAUUAAUAAUGCUCAAAAAGUUUUGCAAAUGCUGAAGACUACUUGUGUAGUUUGGCCAAAUAAUGCUUCAGAAGUAUUUUUAACAGGGUCAUUUGAUGGUUGGUCAAAUAAGAGAAGGAUGGAGAGAUUAAAGAGUGGUAUAUUUUCUGUUAGUUUGCAAUUAUAUCCUGGAAGAUACGAGAUGAAGUUCAUUGUAGACGGAGAAUGGAAAAUAGAUCCGUUGCGUCCUAUUGUUACUAACAAUGGCUACGAGAAUAAUCUUCUAAUAGUUGGUGAUUGA